AUGCCCGGUACCUUGAGGUCUUCGAGGUCGUCCUCAGAGUACUCUAAUAGCGGUUACAAUGAGGCCGCGUCAGCCGCAGAAUCUGGACGAAACGAAUAUCCUGCCACCUCGUUUCCUGGGUACUCCGAGAAACCACUGUCUAAACAGCUGGAACCGAUCGCAGUUGUUGGCAUGGGCUGUAGAUUGCCUGGUGAUGUCAAAUCGGCCAGUGACUUCUGGAGCAUGAUGGUUAAUAAGGAAACGGGGCAGACACCGAAAGUGCCUGCAUCCCGAUUUAACAUUGAUGCUCACUAUCAUAAAAAUAACGAUCGCCCUGGUAGUUUUGGAGUCUUGGGAGGGUAUUUUCUCUCCGAUGAUUUGGCAGCCUUUGAUCCUGGUCUCUUUGGCAUUACCCCUGUUGAAGCUAUGUGGAUGGAUCCUCAACAGCGGAAGCUUCUGGAGGUGGUUUAUGAGGCUCUAGAAUCCGGCGGCAUCUCCUUGGAGUCUAUCUCGGGCACCCGAACUGCUGUGUUCGCUGCCAGUUUCACAGCUGACUGGCAGCAAAUGGCGUUCAAAGAGCCCUCAUUCAGGCAUAGCCUGGCAGCAACGGGUGUGGACCCAGGAAUUAUCAGCAACCGUAUAAGUCACGUCUUUAACUUGAACGGACCUAGCAUCGUCUGCAAUACAGCCUGUUCGUCCUCAGUCUACGCGCUCCAUAACGCGUGUAAUGCCCUACGCAAUAAUGAAGCAGAUGGGGCAAUUGUUGGAGGAGUCAAUCUUAUCAUUACCGUCGACCAACAUAUGAACACGGCAAAGCUCGGGGUCCUAUCUCCAACGUCCACUUGCCAUACAUUUGAUGCAAGUGCUGAUGGAUAUGGCCGUGCUGAUGCAGUGGGUGCUGUAUACUUAAAACGCUUAUCUGAUGCCAUUCGAGAUGGGGAUCCAAUUCGGGGCGUGAUAAGAUCUAGCGCCACGAACUCCAAUGGCAAAGUUCAGGCGGUUGGCAUAACGCAUCCCAACCGAGAAGGCCAAGCGGAUGUUAUCUCACAAGCAUAUAAAAGGGGCGGAGAUCUGGAUCCAAGAUUGACCGGGUAUUUCGAGUGCCACGGAACCGGGACGGCCGUCGGCGACCCUCUAGAAGUCCACGCCGUUUCUUUGGCUAUGAACAAAGAAAGAAAUCCAACAGACGAGCCACUCUGGAUUGGCGCAGUCAAGACAAAUAUAGGCCAUUCUGAAGCAGCCAGUGGUCUUUCCGCGCUUAUAAAGGCUAUUUUAAUCGUUGAACGGGGCGUAAUACCCGCCACUCGCGGAGUCGUCCGUCCCAGCCCAAGUAUCAGGUGGAAAGAUUGGCAAGUAAGAGUGCCAAUGGAGCUUGUCCCAUUUCCAAGCCAGCUUCCAGUGCGACGUGUUUCUAUUAACAGCUUUGGAUAUGGAGGCACAAACGCGCAUGUCAUUGUCGAGGGUGCUGGGUCUCUGGUUGACCACAGUGUGCAAAGAAAUUAUACGUAUAUCGACGACGCAGUACCAAAACAUGGCCAAGGAGGACGAAAAAAGCGGCCAGCUCCACGAAGGGCAGCCUCCCGUAAGCGGCCAUUCUUGCUGCCGUUUUCAGCUCAUGACAAAGCCACCUUGAUACGGAAUAUUGAUGCUCAUGGCUCCGUGUCAUCGAAGUACGACUUGCUAGAUUUCUCGCAUACGCUUGCAAACCGGCGUAGCCGCUUAAACUCCAGAGCGUUCGCGGUUGCUAGUCAUAGCACUAUUGAUGAUACUUUCAAAGAGGUCCUUGCAUCUUUCUCAUUCGGAGAGCACAAGAAAAAGUCUCCGGUUAUCGGAUUCGUGUUUACAGGACAGGGCGCGCAAUGGCCACGAAUGGGCGCCGAGCUGCUCGAGUACAGUUCGACUUUCCUUGCGUCUAUACGGACACUAGAUAACGCUCUUGAUGAGCUCAUUGACGGUCCGGAAUGGUCCAUCGAGGAUAUACUCCUCGAGUAUGACAAGACGUCCCCUGUUGGCGAGGCCGAAUUCUCACAGCCUCUCUGUACUGCAGUUCAGAUUGCCUUGGUCCAGCUGUUGGCUGAAUGGGGCAUACAGCCGGUUGUGACUGUCGGCCACUCUUCAGGAGAGAUUGCAGCUGCAUUUUCCGCUGGCCUCAUAUCUGCCGAAGAAGCCAUAACCGUGGCAUACUACCGUGGUCAGGUCACAAAAGACAUUAAGAGGAAUGGUGCAAUGCUGGCAGUUGGUCUUGGGGCUCAAGCAGUCCAGCCAUACAUUGCAGAAACGAACAGUUCUGUAGUCAUUGCCUGCCACAAUUCCCCAGCUGGUGUGACUUUGAGUGGCGAUUCUGAUGAGGUUCUUGUCUUGAAAGAGAAGCUUGACGCCGCCAAAGUUUUUGCCCGUGUUGUCAACACAAAUGGCAAAGCAUAUCACUCACACCACAUGUCUUCAGUCGCUGAAAGAUAUGAAAAUCUCAUUCAUGGCGCCAGGAAGGAGCUAUGGCAUGCGACUACAGAAUCUAAAGCUAGGAAUGUGAAAAUGGUAUCGUCUGUGACCAAUGAGAUCCUAAGCCCAACAACUCAGUUGGGCGGAGCCUAUUGGAGCAAUAACUUACGGAGCCCGGUACUAUUCAACCAAGCAGUUCAGACAGUUCUGACCUCGUCAGAGUUCGACGAUGUGGACUUGUUGGUUGAAAUCGGCCCACAUUCAGCAAUGGCUGGUCCGAUAAAGCAAAUCAGGGCAGAACUCAAAGCAGACCAUCUCGACUACGUACCCAGUCUUAUACGUGGCAAGGAUAGUGCGGCCCAGCUUUUAACGCUAGCUGGAGAACUCUUCCUCCGUGGGUACUCGCUAGACAUGAAUAGCGUUGUGACCGCCUACUUGGAUGAAUCUGGGAACAAGGUCAAAGGCGGUGUUUUUAGACGUGGCUCAACCAUUGUCGACCUACCGCCGUAUCAAUGGAACUAUACGAGACCAUUUUGGGCUGAAGCCCGCGCCAGUCUGGAACAUCGGCAGCCGAAGUAUCCACGCCAUGAUGUUCUUGGUCAACUUGUCAUAGGAACGUCUUUACAGGAACCUACCUGGAGAAACAUACUGCGCCUACGAGACUUACCAUGGCUUAGAGAUCACUCGUUGGGUGGAGAAGCCGUGUUCCCCGCUGCUGGGUAUUUCUCCAUGGCCCUGGAGGCCAUCACUCAGCUAAACGAGCUCAGCAAUAACCCAGUUGCCGUUGAGAGCUUUACACUACGCGACGUAUCUAUCAAGAAAGCUCUCGUUACGCCCGAUGAUGAUGACGGCAUUGAGGUCAUGACCAAUUUUAGCAGAUCGCUACAUGGGGGAGACUGGUGGGAUUUUGCAGUCUCUUCCAUUCGGCCGCAAGGAAUUCAGGUAGAACAUAUUGCGGGUAGUAUCAAGCUAAAUGCUCAUCCAAGACGAUCAAAAGCACCUCGAGAGCUACCAGUUUUCACUCAACGAGCUACCGGCAAGUCUUGGAAUGAUGCUCUCCGCGAGGUGGGCUUUGACUAUGGCCCCACGUUCCAGGAUAUGGACGACAUCUCUUUCGACGGUAAACGAUAUGAAGCUAUCUGUCGCACGGCUAUCAAACAAUCCGUAGAUGCCAGCCUCGGAGAAUCGCGAUACGUUCUUCACCCUGCUACCGUGGACUCCGUUCUGCAACUCAGCAUAGCUGCCAUCUAUGCGGGGCGCACAAAUGCUAUGACUUGCGGAGUGGUACCAAUUCAAGUGGAUGAGGUGACUAUCUGGCCGCCAUCUAAGGAGCAGCUUGUCUCUGGAGCCGCCAAGGGGUAUGCCUGGGUACCUCGACGUGGGGUGAGGUCGUUUGAAGGUAGCGCGCAAAUAACUGCUGAUGAUGGAGAGUUGAUUCUGGACCUCAUCAAUAUACGGACGACAAGCUAUGAGGCUGCAGUGCCACAAAAGCUUGAGACGUCCGUGAAUGAUGCUGCUGGGCCAUAUGGCGAGAUUGUUUGGUCACUCGAUUUCGACACCCUCGAGACGAACGUCGAACAAGACUUAUCUAUACCGGAUCUUGUCAAGCUGGCCCUGUUUAAAUACCCAAAUCUCAAGAUCCUUGAGCUAGGCACACAAAAUAUUUUGCAGGUUCUGCAAAAGAAUCCUCUCGCAGAAUAUACAGCUACCAUCGAUGAGGACGGGACAGACUCACAGGUCCUCAAGGAUUCUGUGGCAAAAUACUUGAAAGCUAGUAUUGGUAGACUUAUCCCCGAGCUGGAAUUAGAAUCUCAAUCUUUCCAGCAUGGCAAAUACGAUCUCCUUAUCACGCAUGUGGAAGUACUAUCUAAAGUCAAAAACUUAGUUAAGAAAGGCGGCUACAUUAUCACGGUUGCUUCGACUCCAUUGGAAUCUGACACGAGCAAUGGUGACAUCAGUUGGUUCUUCGCCGAGAGCAGCGGCGUUCGUAUCGGGAGAAUGGAUGCUGUUAAUCCUGAGACGAAUGGUUCACCCCUGUCACUGAAUACCAAGCACAGGGUGCACUUGCUCUAUCGCAAAGACCGUGGCAUACUGGUAGACAAGAUUAAAACUGCUCUGGAGAGUUUUGAUUGGAUUGUGACAGUGGGAAAUUUGAAAGUAAUUCCUUCUGUUGAGCACGUCAUCUUCUUGGCCGAUUUUGAAGGUCCUCUUGUUCUCACAUUAACAGAGGAAGAGUUUCUCGCGAUUCAGACCAUAAGUAACUCAGUUUCUGCCAUUUUAUGGACAACAAAUGGUGGCUUUAUCACUGGUAAAAGACCCGAAUAUGCCCUAGUGCAAGGGCUGAGUCGAUCCUUGAACUCGGAACAAGCUUCACUCGAUUUCAGAGUGCUGGAUGUGGACUUGGACAGCGUCAGUGAGGCGAACGUUGUUCAAUCCGUUACAAGAAUAGCACAACAACAGUUUCAGCGAUCGAGUGUGAAUGGAGACGCGCUUUAUGAGCGAGAAAUUUCCGUGUCGGGUGACAGAAUGUAUAUUAGCCGUCUGGAGCGAAACCGGGAGCUGAACGAUUUCUUUAUUGGAGCAGACCGUCCAGAACCUACUGCAUUCAGUCACGAUGAGCACAUAUCGGGCAGGCUCGUGGGCCAGGGCCAGGUUGUCUUCGAGCAAGUGCCUCAGCGUGAAGGCGAAGAGACUGUAGUAAAGCCCAACCACGUCGAGAUCCGAGUUACGGCGGCGGGCCUGGCAAGAGAAGGCGUUCUCGUCAUUACGGGCUCAGACUAUCCUACGACUUUCAGUUACAUCAUUGGCGGCACAGUCACUCGAACAGGAUCUGGAGUAUCUAACUUGAAGCCGGGUGAUAUGGUGGUUGGAUUCAACCCCGAUAAAUUCGCUAAUUACCAACAAGCUUACGCUCCGUUAGUAUUCAAGGUUGAUGGCGAGUAUGAAAUCAGGGCUGCUGUUGGAGAGUUCCUUCCUCACGCAAAUGCUCUAUAUGGCCUUGAGACUCUAGCUAGUGCCCAGAAAGGCGAAUCUGUCCUGAUUCUUCCGGGCACUGGUGCAGCUGGAGUUGCGGCCGGCCGCAUCGCUAGGGCUAAACGUGCUGUACCCUACUUCGUGUCUCAAAAUUGCGAGGAAGCGACCACGCUUCAAAACCAACUGGGCAUUAGCGAAAAGCAAGUAAUAGUGCUCGGUGAAGAGAGCUUAUCCGAGCGUCUAAACGAGUUGACGAACGGGCACGGUGUCGAUAUUAUUAUCAGCGGAGGCAAUGGAGUUCAGGCAGACCUUGCGAGAGAGGCAUGGCGUUCCAUCGCACGAUUCGGACGCUUUGUCGAUUUCGGUCGAAAGGACUUGCUCAAUAGGAGAGUGAUUGACAACAUUCCCAUCUCGCGUGGCGCAAGCUACCAACCUUUUGAUCUACUCGACUUAUAUGAAGCACGAACUAAUGUUCUAUCCACGCUUCUGACUAAAGUUGCAAGCUUGUUUAAGGCGGAGUCGACUACCAGUCUUGGUGACAUUUCGACUGUUCCGCUUGCUAACCUAAACGACGCUGUGGCCAGUUAUUCCGAUGCAUUUGACAAGCCGGUUACUGUCAUCACCUAUGAAGAGUCUGAAACACCGCUUCAUGUCAUUAAAUCGCAACGAAUAAAGCCUACAUUCAGCAAAAGCGCCACGUACCUGCUAGUUGGGUGCUUGGGUGGUAUUGGGCGUAGCUUGACGGCGUGGAUGAUGAAACUAGGAGCCAGGAGGUUUACAUUUCUCUCUCGCUCCGGUAGCGACUCCAAGUCCGCCGCUAGAUUAAUUGCAGAUAUAGAAGCAGAUGGAGCAAUUGUUACAGUGGUCAGGGGCGAUGCAACUUCUCGGUCGGAUGUUGUGCGUGCAGUUGAGGCCGUGCCACCACAACACCCCAUUAGAGGCGUUGUACAUGCGGCAAUGGUACUUCGAGAUGGCAUGUUUAAUUCCAUGACUUUCCGGAAUUGGAAAGAUGCAGUUUCCCCCAAAGUCCUUGGUGCCAUGAAUUUGCACUCUGUUCUCGCUGGAACACCACUGGACUUCUUCUUGACUACAAGUUCGAUCUCAGGAACUCUUGGUACACCUGGUCAGAGCAACUAUGCAGCCGCAAAUAGCUAUCUAGAUGCACUUGCCCGCCACCGUACGUCCAACGGAGCCGCCGCCUCAUCUGUCAUCCUCCCCAUGAUUCUUGGCGUCGGCGUUGUUGCCGAGAAUAGUGAGAUCGAAGAUGCUCUUAGACGAAAGGGUAUCUAUGGAAUAGACGAAGAAGACCUGUUGGUGUCAUUUGAAGCCGCACUGGCUUCGUCGCAAGUACUUGGCAAGCGCUCGGAUCAUUUUGUCAUUGGGCUGGACCCUUCGUUGCUUCACAAGGCGAUCACAAGCUCGGCGGCUACAGAUGUUUUCUAUAUGGAAGAUACUCGGUUCAGCCACCUUGUUCGCGCCAUAAAUGUAUCCUGCGAUAGCAACAACUCAGGCUCCAGCAGUCAGAGCAUUCUAAACAUUGUGCGCACUGCACAAACGCUGGAUGACGCUGUUGCUGCAGUGAGAGAACACUUCACAGAGAAGCUCGCUCGUAUGCUAUUGAUACCGGAGGAUGCCUUUGAACCGCAUGUCAGAUCAAUUGCAUCAUAUGGAUUGGACAGUAUGAUCGGAGCAGAGUUGCGGAAUUGGAUAUUCAAGGAGUACCGUAUUGAUAUACCCUUCCAACAGCUCCUGGCACCCACUUUGACCAUUACCAAGUUUGCUGGCCAAUAG